CAUAGAUUUCUACCAAAAUGGCGCUGCCCACAGAGAACUCGUGUGGAAAGAUGUUUCAGCUAAAUUAGAGAUUUUAAAAAAAACUAAAAUCUGAACUGGAUUUUGCUUUAAAGAAAAAUGGAAGCAAAUUUUCCUAGAGGUGGAGUGGCAAAGAAACAAAGUCAUGAAACAAACAAUAGAAAAGAUGAUAAAGAUUUAUUUAAAACUGGAGAAGAUGGUACUAAAAUUGAGAAAGGACAGAAAAGAAAGAAGAGAAAUGAAAAGAAGGGAACAGAAAAGAAAAAGAAAAAGCAGAAAGUGAUGAAUCCAAAGUCUAACCAGUAUAACACAGGCCAGAUUCAGCAGCUUUCUACCAAGAUGUUAUCUACCGACAUGUUAGUACUGGGUUGUGUGAAGGAAGUACAUGAUUAUGAAGUGAUAUUAAGUUUGCCUGGUGGUCUAUCUGGUGUAGUACCUAUAACUAACAUAUCUGAUGCCUACCAUGACCAACUCAAACAACUAGCUAGUCAGAGUGGUACAGAGGAUGACAUGGAAGACUCAGAUGUUCACAGUUUACAUGAAAUAUUUAAGAUAGGAACUAUAAUACCUAGUAAAGUGGUAUCUAUAGGGAAAAACACAAAAGGAAAAACUGCCAUUAAACUGACCAUCAACCCUAAAGCUGUUAAUCAGGAGUUUGAACCUUCACAUAUAAGAGAUGGACUCGUUUUGUAUGGUAGUAUUGCAAGUCAGGAAGAUCAUGGAUAUGUAGUGGACCUAGGAGUAAAGAACAACAAAGCUUUCCUAAAGAAUAAGGAUGCUGAACGAUUCAUACAGCUACAUAAUGAUGGAUAUCCAUUGAUGGUUGGACAAUCUAUAAUAUGUAAAGUAGAAACAGGGAAGGAUAAACUGGACAUGUUAAGUGGAGAAUCUAGAACUGUCACAGUGACCAUAGAUCCUAACAAACUAGCAUCAAAUGAGGUUGUUGCAAAGGAUAUUCCAUUUAGAAGUUUUAUUCCAGGAAUGAAAGUGAAUGCUACAGUAGACCAGUUGACUGGUGAUGGUGUUACUGUGAAGUUUUUGCAGUAUGGUGGUACUAUCCACAGAUCACAUCUUACAGAAAAUCCAGACAAGGCUCUCAAAAAUAAGAAGAUUAAAGCAUGUGUUCUGUACAUUCAUCCAACAACAAAAGCUGCUGUGUUGUCAAAUCUACCCCACCUGGUGGAAUACAAAGGUGUGCCUGUGAUUGGUCAGUUUGGUCAGCUGACUGUAUGUCAGAUAGUGGAGAAUGCAGAGGUAACACAUGCAAGCAGCUAUAAUGUUCUGUUUAAACUGCCAGGAGACAUCAAAGCAACCUGUGGGUUAAAGAAUUUGAGUGAUGGAAAAAUUGCUGAUGUUCGCAGUAUGUUCAAACAAGGAUCUGAACACAGGUGUAGAGUAAUGGACUUUCACUACAUAGACCAAUUAGUUACAAUAACAUUGAAACAAAGUAUAUUAGAUCAGAAAUAUAUGUCGCUACAGGAUAUCAGACCAGGGGAUAUUGUUGAGUGUACAGUAGAGACCUGCGUCGAGAAAGGAAUUGGUGUAAAGUUAUCUCAGAACAUUCAUGGCUAUAUACCAAAUCUUCAUCUGGCUAAUUCAACCUUCAAAACCAGAGAUGUUAAAGAGUUCCAUGAAGGGAAACAACUCAAGUGUAGAGUCUUGAGAGUAGAUGAAAAGAAGAGAAAUGUAAUUUUAACCAACAAGAAAAUGUUACUGAAUACCAAGUUACCAAUUCUGACAGAUUUUGAUCAGCUUAAAUCAGGAAUGGAUGUAGAAGGAUACAUAGCAAAGAUCACCAAUAAAGGAGUUCUUGUUGCUUUCUUCAAUGAAAUUAAGGGUUGGGUUCCAAGGAAACAGCUAAGCACUGAAAACAUAGAAUUCCCAGAGAAAGUCUUCUUUAAAGGUCAGGUUGUCAAAGCAAAGGUUUUAUCUUGGAAUGAAGAAAAGAAGAAAAUUAUUCUGUCUUUUAAUGUUGGUGCUAAAUCUUCAUUUGGAACCAAAGAGGAUGAGAGUGAAGAUGGUAUGAAGAUCGGACAGAUUAUGAAGUGCGAGGUGACUGGGAAAACAGAAACUGGUCUGGAUGUCAAACUACCAUCAUCAAAACAAGCUUUUCUACCCAUAAAGCAUCUAACAGAUUCCAUGGAAACCAGCCAUUUACUGCUGGAUAUGUAUAAUCCUGGAGAUGUCAUCGAAAAUGUCAUGUACCUCAGUAGAAAUAAUAUGCCUAUAAUGACAGCCAGGAAAUCUAUGAUAGAGUAUGGUAAAGAACAUGUGGCUGUUACAUCCAUUGAUCAGAUAAAGAUUGGCAUGAUGAUACCUGGUACCAUCCGUAAUAUAAUGUCCUACGGAGUGUUUGUCCAGUUUGCAGGUCAAUUAGUAGGACUAUCUCCUAAUAAAUUUGCUUCAGGAUCCAAAGUGGAAGAUUUAAAUACAAUAUAUCACCAAGGGCAACCUGUCAUUGCCAUGGUAACAGAAGUGGACAAUGAGAAAAAUCGCUUUAUUGUCAGUUUGAGAAUACAAGAUUGUUACCAUGGUAACAUAGAUAUUGGAAUAGAUCUGCUAAGUUCAUAUCUACAGGAGGUAGAUAGUGCUUGGAAUAAAGUGAUAGAAAACAAAGGAAAGAAAAACAAGCUGAGAGGUGUGAAGAUAGGACAGGUAACAGAUUUUAUUGUAGAAGAUUGUUCUGAAGAUGGUUUACUAGGUCAUGUGACUAAUGGGGUCAAAGGCAUCUGUACAAAAGAACACAUGGAUGAUGGGAACUAUGAAGAAGGAAGUAAAUUAAAAUGUAUAGUUUUGUUUAUUGAUCCUGAAAACAAAUGUGUGGAAGUGGCCGUUAAUAAACAUAUAAUAAAAACUGUCAACAGUAAACAGAAAUCAAUACACAAGAUUGAUGCUGGCCAGCACGUUAAAGGGGAGAUUACUCUGAUCAAGAAAGAUUGUAUGAUGGCAGUAUUACAGGGGAAAGAAGCUGGCACUGUGGUGUAUCUUCCAUCUAGAAGGCAUAUGAAUGAUGUUUUACAAGUCUUCAAAUAUAAUGUAGGCCAAGUUUUCCCCAUGAUAGUCAAAAGAAUUAUGGAUGAGCAUAUACUGUGUUGUUUUGAAUCUCAUGAGAGACAUAAAAGUCAAAGUGAAUGUGAGGAAUUACAGGUUGGGGACAUUGCUAAUAUUAGUGUAAAGGAUAUACUUGAUUUCCAGUUGAAUGUGGUAUAUAAUUCAAUACAUGGUAGAAUUCAUCUCACAGAAAUGGUGGAUAAUAUUGAAAAUGGAACAAUGGUUUUAUCACCUGGUAAAUAUAAACUUCAACAAGAAGUUAAAGCCAGAGUGGUGGGAUUUAGAGAAUGGAUACAAAAGAAAGACCAGUCUUCUCCAAAGACUCUUUCCUUACCAGAGUUUACAAUAAAACCCAGCAAACUGGAAAAGGAAACCUUUGAUUCAGAUAUGGAUCGCAAGUUCAAGGAAAAAGACAAAGUUAUUGGAUUUGUUACCAAAUGUGAAAAAGAUCAUGUAUGGUUACAAGUUACACCAAAGAUAAGAGGAAGAAUUGGGUUAAAUGAUUUGUCAAGAGAUAGAAAGGUGCUUCAAGAUCCCACAAAACACUUUAUAAAAGGUCAAGGUUAUAAUACUACAGUAAUUGGUGUAAUGAAGGAUGGUGCUUUAGUUCUGACAUUGAUAGAGAAUGCUUCAAAAAGUUUAACAAGUGGAAGUGUACAUAAAUGUGUGAUAACCUCCAUUAAGGAUGAGACAAGAUUAUUAGUACAUCUUCCUGGUGGUGAUAAAGGUGUUGUAGAACUGACAGAGAUAUAUGAUGAGUACAAAGAUGAUCCGACCUCAGACUUCUAUGUGGGACAAUACAUAGACUGUACUGUUAUAGAUACUGGUAAAGAAAAUCAACUUAACUUGUCCUACAGAAAGUCCAGGAAAGGAAAAACUAAAAAUAUAGUAGACCCAGUACGAAGUUCUGUGAAAAAAGGACAAAUAUUACGAGGUUAUGUAGUACAGAGUACAAAAACACAGCUGCUGGUCAGUUUAGCCAAUCAGGGAAGAGUAUCAGGAACAGUCUCUAAGUCACAUGUAUCAGAUCAUAGCGUACAAGAUCUUACAACAAUACCUGUUGGAAAGGCUGUUACAGUCAAAGUUUUAAGCAAAUCUCCAACAGUAGAACUUUCAAUUAAGAAAAGUGACACUGGUGUUGAAGAACCAAAGCCAGGCAAAUUUAAAAGGAAAAGAAGAAAUUCUUUAAAUAUAGAUAUGGAUGUUUCUGACAUGACAGAAGAAAACAUUGCCCAAAAUAAUAAAAUGCAAAAGACUAAAGUGAAAAAAUUCGACCGUAAAAGAAAACUUUCAGACUCAGAAAAAGCUAAUUCUAAGAAAUUAAAAGGAACAGGUGACUCUGACAGUGGAAUAGAAGAUAAUUAUUCCUCACAGAAUCAUCGACCCUGUGUUCAGGUGAAGAGUGGAUGGUGUUGGGAUAAGGAGUACACAUCUCCUGUGAUUACCAGAUCUACACAAUCUGAUAGUGAAGAUGAAGAGGAGGAAAACUCUCAGGUUGAAUCAGACAAACAGAAAAAUCCUGUACAGAAAGACGAGAAAGAAGAAGAAAAGAAUUUGUUUCAGUUUGAGCAGCAUCAGUUAGUAGGGGACAUAACUCCAGGAGCAGCAGAUGACUUUGAUCGACUUGCUCUUCAAUCUCCUAAUAGUUCUAUGGUCUGGCUGAGAUAUAUGGCAUUCCACUUAGAAACAGCCGAGAUAGAGAAAGCAAGAGCUGUGGCAGAAAGAGCUCUCAAAACCAUCUCAUUUAGAGAAGAACAAGAAAAGUUGAAUGUUUGGGUAGCAUUUUUGAAUUUAGAGAACAUGUAUGGCACACCAGAAGAAUUGGCUAAAAUUCUAGAGAGAGCAUUACAACAGAAUGAACCAUUAACUGUCUAUCAACAUCUCAUCAAUAUAUACUUCAAGGCAGGAAAGUUCCAGGAAGCAGAAAGCACUUACAAUAUUAUGUGCAGAAAAUUCUCAUAUAAAAAAGAACCUUGGAUUGGAUUUGGAUUGUUCCACUUUAAAAAUGGCAAAUUUGAAUCUGCCAGAAAAAUCCUGCCAAGGAGUCUGAAAAGUCUCAGCAAAGACAAUCAUGUAGAAAUAAUUGCCAAGUUUGCACAGAUGGAGUUUAAGCAUGGAGAACCUGAGAGAGGGAAAACAAUGUUUGAGAACAUUCUCAGUAACUAUCCCAAACGUACAGAUCUGUGGUCAGUCUAUGUAGAUAUGGUCAUUAAAACUGCUGAUAUAGAGGCUGUAAGACAUUUACUGGACCGAGUCAUACACAUGAAGCUGUCGGCCAAGAAAAUGAAGUUCUUCUUCAAGAAAUAUUUAGACUUUGAAAAAUCUCAUGGAGACACUAAGCAUGCAGAUUAUGUUAAAAAGAAAGCAUUUGAAUAUGUAGAAUCUAAAGGCUUUGUGGAUGAAUAAGUUUUUAGUUUUAACAGUUUUAAUGACAAUAAACUAUUUUAUGAUUUUGCCUUUUUAAAAUCUAAUAAAGGCUAGUGUAUGUUUCAAGAAAAUGAAGUUUAAAAAUUUGUAAAUAAUAUAGGGAAUACAUAAAAAGAACCUGAAUGAAUAAGUUAAAUUUUCAGUAUUAUGGCAUCAAAUUGACAUGAUAUGACCCUAUUUUAUAAACAUAGAGGGAAAAUGCUGAUAUUAUGCAGUAUUCCAUAUUUUUUUCUUUUAAAUUUUUACCUAUUUAUCCUAGGUCUUAUGAGUAGCUUUUUAUUUUAAGCAUAUUUUAGAAACUUUUGGCAUUACUGCUAUAAUUAUUCCUUUAUAUAAAAACUACUCCAUCCUCUUUAAAAAGUCAUUUUUAUAUCAACAAAUUCAGCAGCAUUUGAAAAUAAAGUUCAAGAAUCAAAUAUCUGAUAAUGAUAUCUCUGGUUAAAAAAUCAUAGUAGUUUGACCUUGAAUGUCUUUAAAUGUUUCAUCUGCAAUAAUGUAUUAAAGAAUGAGUCAGAUGGUUGUGUAUUGAUAUUAGUGGUAUAAAUCUGAUAUCUGAAUGUUGAAUCAGAGAAAGUGAAAGUGUUUGUGAGAAAUGAUUGAUGUGUGAUCAUUGUUAGAAAGAAUGUCAAUAUAAUUAUUAUAUAACUUUGUCAUGUGUUCAUACUCUGAUAAAAUACAACA